UAGCUGUCCAUUGUCCGUGAUUUCCGGUCGCGGAGGGUCCAACUUCCGAGCAACUGAGGGCGCGCUGUCACGUCGGCGCCAAGUUGGCAACCUGGAGCAUGUAAAGUAACCAAGGAAACUGAACUUCAGUAUGUGGUAUAUUAUGCAGAGCAUCCAGAGUAAAUAUUCUUUGUCAGAGCGCUUGAUCCGGACUAUAGCAGCCAUCCGAUCUUUCCCGCAUGACAAUGUUGAAGACCUAAUAAGAAGGGGAGCAGAUGUCAACUGUAUGCAUGGUACACUGAAACCAUUGCACUGUGCUUGCAUGGUGGCUGAUGCAGAUUGCAUUGAGCUGCUGUUGGAAAAAGGAGCUCAGGUCAACGCCCUUGAUGGCUACAAUCGAACAGCCCUUCAUUAUGCAGCUGAGAAAGACGAGACUUGUGUGGAGAUCCUUUUGGAAUACGGGGCAAAUCCCAAUGCACUGGAUGGCAAUAAGGACACCCCACUGCAUUGGGCUGCCUUUAAAAACAAUGCCGAAUGUGUCCGAACACUUUUGGAAAGCGGGGCCUUUGUCAAUGCUCUGGAUUAUAAUAACGACACCCCUCUGAGCUGGGCAGCAAUGAAGGGCAACCUGGAGUGUGUCAGCAUCCUCCUGGAGUACGGAGCUGAGGUCCGGAUAGUCAAUAUGAAGGGGCAGACCCCAAUUUCAAGGUUAGUUGCCCUGCUGGUCAGAGGACUUGGCACCGAGAGGGAAGAUUCCUGCUUCGAUCUCCUUCACAGAGCUGUUGGACACUUCGAAUUGAGGAAAAACGGUGCAAUGCCCCGCGAAGUUAUGCGAGAUCAGCAGCUUUGUGAAAAGCUGACCAUGCUAUGCUCUGUCCCAGGCACAUUAAAGACGCUCUCGCGCUAUGCUGUGCGCCACAGCCUGGGUAUGCAGUUCCUACCAGACGCAGUGAAGGAACUGCCUCUGCCAGAAUCUUUGAAAGAAUAUGUCUUGCUUAAAUGAUGGCUCCCUCUUUUUUUUCAUAGGAUUGUAUUAACCACCACAUUGGGGAGCCACGGUGUACCUGGCCUUUCAACUUUGCGGUAGUAGCAUCAGUACAAAAUAGAUUUUACAGAUGUAGCUCCAGGAGUCAAAAGCUGGUGUGACAUCUGUGGUUUUGUCCAGUGUUUUCCCUUAGCUUCUUCAUUUGCUAUAGUAACCUUCUGACCUUUCUUUAGUGAAGGAGGCUAGGAAAAGACUGCUGGCUUCUUAUGGCCAGAAGGCCAAAGUGAAGCAAACCUAUGUUCCAUCUCCUGAAGAGGACCACUUCCUAAAUUCAGGAUUUGACUUCUGUUCUCUGUGAAACAUUCACAGAGCCAGUUGUCUCCUAGCACUGCAAAACUGAGGUGGCUGAAGAAUGAAAACAUUUCUUCCUUUAAACUCAUUACAGGCAUCAAAGCAUUUGAGUAAUCCAGUCUUCCUCUUAGUUUUAGGCUUCACUAAGACAGGCCGUCCAUGAAUUUCAUUUUUUUUUGUUUAUUGAUAAAUGAUUCCCUUUCAGGAAUGUAAUGGCUUAAUGAAUCUGAAUAAAGAAAUCCCAGUGAGCUGAUCAGCUCCUGUAGAGAUUAAGGGCUGUUCUCUUUUACAUUAGCUCCUUUGAGAUUCUCGCAUCCAGCUGCAGAGAUGCUCAGAAUUGCAAAAGCUCUUUUGGAAAAGCAAGAACAUAGCAUCCCAGCACUUUGGGGAACCAAAGCCAAAAAGGUUCUUCAGAGUGGGUGUGGAUAUGCAUUUGGCCAUUCUACUUCUUAAAACAGCCACAUGAUUCCAGAGAGUACCGAUUUGCAUUAAGGAAAUGCAAAUUGGGCUGGAUUUAAGCGCACACUUGAUGUGUCUUUAACUAAAAUGCAUAAUUCUUCAGGUUUGCUUGGCUAGGGAGAGCCCAGGAAAAGACCCUGGUUUGUUAAGGAGAGGCGCUGCCAAGAGUCAUGUGCAUGCCAAUGUGUGUGCGCGCAUCCUUUCUCCAGGGCAUCAUUUGGUUUUAGGAUCUUGAGUGCUGCACAUUGUUAAUUUGGAUCAUCUGUUCUUGUUGCUUUAGACCAUCUAUUUAUAUCACAGAAAAAAGUGAUAGAAAUCUAAGGAGAUGAUGAAGUGUGUUGCUUCAGCCUGGGUGAGGAAUUUGUGACAAGAUAAGGAGAUGGGCCGGGUGAGGAAGGAUCAAAAGUCCUACAAUAAAAAAAGAUGCGGUGUUUUUUUAAACUCAUUUGUUUACAGUACUGAUUUGUAUGUGUGAUCAUAAAAAGUAACGUUCAGGAUCAGGCUGACCGAAACCUGUAGCUGGAUUAGCUCUCCAUACUCUCACCUCAUCACAACCAUCGGUAGAAACUGUUGUCCUAGCAGAGGAAAUUGAAAAAAAGUAACUCAGUGAUGCUGGUUCUGGAGGCAUACUAAUGAUCAUGGGAGUUUUGUAUCUUGCAUAGGGAUGAGGAAAUCUUUUCUGCCAAUGAUGUAUGAACUUACAUAUUUUAUUCACUGUUUUAAAGCUUUCCAGAAUGUUCUUUCACUUCCUGUACUUUGCAGCUCCAGACAAAGCUACUAGGCUCAUAUUGAGCCUAGCAACAAUGGAACUGUCUAAUAUAGUCAGCUUCUGGUUUUCCAGCACAUUUUUUAUUAUUGUACAGUUCUAGUGUGCCCAAGCGAAGAAAUGCCAAAGAAAGUAUUCAUUUUUGAAAAAGUUAAGGCAUCUUUUUAAAUGUUUCAAUGGGUUUCCCCAUUGGACACAAGUUAAAAUACACUAUUCUUGCCAUGCAAUUAUAUUUGUAAUUCUCUUAUUUUGUGGCAGGCUUCUGUUGUUUCCAUUGCCUUGAUCUGUUUUAAUGAAAAUUAAAAAUUGGGGGCGGGGGGGGGGAGAAGUCAAAUUUAUUAAGGUCUAUAUCUGCCAUUUCUUAGAAGGUUGAUCACUGUAAAGUUGCAGACAUGUAAAAUUGCACGUGUGUUUCUUUCACAAAUAAUUAUCUUGGUUCAGACAAAUGAAGCAGCAUACUUAUGAAUGCGGGAGAGCUGAGAAUACCCCCCCUCCCAAUUCCCCCUUUAGACAUCUGGAGCUUUAAGUUCCAAGACCGUCACUGAGCAAGUGCAGUGGCCUGGGUGUGUGGGCAUUGUAAUUACAACCACUGUUUUAUCUGCUAUUCAGUUUCAGAAAGGGAAUUGUAAUUUCUGACAAUAAGCCUUUUUUUUUUGGCUAUUCUCCCAAGAUUGGAGUAUUGGCUCUCACAUUGAUUCCUGGAGCGUCUCCUCUCUGCUCAGGAUAGUAUCCUGGCUUCCAUUUUGAAGAAAGGGAGAUGGGAAUUAGAACCCUAAACAGCCAUCUUGAAAAUUAGGCAAUGUGGGAAUAACUAUAUUAAUUGUCAAAAUGUAUUCUAUGAUUCUGGAUUGUGGAAUCUCCUCGAUAUGAACAGAGCCAUCAUUCUCUUCUAGAUGUGUUUCCUUUCUUAUUGCUCAAGCAAAUUAACAACACUAGAAUGCCACAGCUUACACCUUUCAUACAGAAAUAGGGAAAUGAAAAAAUAUUCUCUACAUAGAACAUCUUCAGUUGAAUAGUCGGCUGAAAUAUGUGUUUUUGAAAUUUAGGUCCAUAUAUACUGAAAAAAUAGGUCUUGUUUUAUUCAAUAUAAGAGUUGGGACAGAACCACUUGUAGAAGGAGAGGAGAAAGGAAGCAAAGUGUAACUAUCUUGCUUUCUUUGCCUCAGGAAAUCACUCUAGGAUUUAGAUUUUGGUUUAACCAAAACCCAGAAGCACCACUUUUCAGAUUUUCUGCUGAACUGCAGCUGGACUAAGGCGAUUUGGGAAACAUUUCAAAAUAAUUUUGUUCUUUGUUUCAUUCAUAGACUUCUCCCCCAAAUUUCAAAGGAAUAAUUCAGUAUAAAAUGGUUCUGUUUCUCCCUGCUAUGUCUUCUCCUCCAUAUAGAUCUGGACCUGCUUACAAGAAAAAUCAUGUUCUAAGCUCAAAGUACUCUUUUUGAAGUGCUUGGUUGUGGGGGAACGCUUGUUCAGUACGCAGAUGACUUGGAUAUUAAAAGCUUCUUGAU